AUGCUGGUACUCGUUGGCAUAUGGCAUCUUAUCUGGGACUUGACGACUGUACCUAUCAAGGUGCCCCUUGAACGGCGCACAGAGAGGGUGAAAGAAAGCAUACAGUUUGCAACUCGAGAAUGGGGGGUUUUCGCAGUGUACCUGACCAGUCGGGGGGUAAGCCAGCGUGGGAGGCAAACUCGAGCGGCGGGCGGGCCGGGCCCGGCCCUCCGACACGCGCCAAGAUUAGACGGGACGAAAGAUGUGCAAUGCCGGCCGCUUGUCGUCCCAAGUCUACCGUGCCUCCUUGUCUGA